AUGUUUAACUAUGAAAGUAUAUUCAUUAAUGAAGAUGCUAUAUCGGAAAUGACCAUAGAAGAUGUAAAAAGGUUGAAGCCGUAUUGGAAUGUGCAAAUAGCUAAUUUUAAGGAAUGUCCCAAGGAACCUGUUUUUACCUUGUUGCAAAUGGCAAUACUGUUAAAUAAAAAGACCAUAGUUGGGUACUUGUUGGCGAGACGAGGUUUAGACAUUAAUGCUCUUAGUAGGAAUAACCAAACUGCUCUUAUGAUUGCUUGUGAGAGGAAGGUGCCGUUAGAUUGGAUUGAAGCGAUACUAAAAAAGGGUGGAGAUUUAGGCAUAAAUAUAAAGGAUGAUUUUGAAGAAACUGCUCUGGAUAAAUGCAACGUUAACUCGGAAGUCUAUCAAUUACUUUUAAAGUAUGGAGCCAUAGAAAAUAAGAACACCGUGAGGAUGAAAGGCGACAUGGCUAAACCAUCGAAAUACGGAGAAAGCUUAUGGCUGAAUGUGUGUGGGUGUGGAACUAGAUAUUACAAAUAA